UUUUUUGUGUAUAUAAGAGAGCGAAUGUGCUUGGUACAUUGCAUCCAAACAAGGGGGGUAGAUACCUCAAAGAUACAGAGAGAAAAGAGAGGAGGAUGACGAAGCAAGGUGUUGCUUCCAAGCUCAUGCUUGCAGUGGCGCUGGUCCUUGUUGCCCUCGCAGCAUUUCCAGCAGUGCACUCCAUCGGCGUCUGCAACGGCGUGCUCGGCAACAACCUGCCGGCGCCGAGCGACGUCGUGACGCUCUACCGAUCCAAGCGCAUCGAUGCCAUGCGGAUCUACGAGCCGGAGAGCAAAGUUCUCACGGCGCUCAGCGGCACGGGCAUCGCCGUCCUCAUGGACGUCGGCCCCGCGCUACCCAGCCUUGCCUCCAGCCCCUCCGCUGCGGCCGCCUGGGUAAAGGCCAACGUCUCCUCCUUCCCGGGCGUGUCGUUCCGCUACAUCGCCGUAGGCAACGAGGUCAUGGACAGCGCCGGCCAGAGUACCAUCCUCCCGGCCAUGAGGAACGUGCAACGGGCGCUCGCGGCCGCCGGCCUCGCCGGCAUCAAGGUGUCCACGUCGGUGCGGUUCGACGUCUUCAACAACACUUCCCCACCCUCCAACGGUGUUUUGGCGGACAAGUCAGGGUUCCUGAGGCCCAUCCUUAACUUCCUGGCGAGCACCGGCGCACCGCUGCUGGCCAACGUGUACCCCUACUUCGCCUACAAGGGCAACCCGCGGGACAUCCAGCUUAGCUUCGCCACCUUCGUGCCAGGCAGCACCACCGUGAAUGACAACGGGCUGACAUACACCAACCUCUUCGACGCCAUGGUCGACUCCAUCUACGCCGCGCUGGAGAAAGCCGGCACACCCGGGGUUAAGGUGGUCAUAUCGGAGAGCGGGUGGCCGUCGGACCAAGGGUUCGGGGCGACGGCGCAGAACGCGCGGGCGUAUAACCAGGGGUUGAUCAACCACGUCGGCAAUGGCACGCCCAAGAAGUCCGGGGCGUUGGAGACGUAUAUUUUCGCCAUGUUCAACGAGAACCUCAAGGACGGGGACGAGCUCGAGAAGAACUUUGGGCUGUUCAAGCCGAAUAUGUCACCGGCCUACGCCAUUACUUUCUAGUGCGACGAAAGCUCGAUAUUUCGCGUUCGAAUAAGCUGCCUGGUAAUGCAAUUAUGCAAACUGCAUGCGUAUCAGUCAACCACUAGUCUGUGUUCACCAGCAAAAGAAAAUAACCACUCGCGCGUGUCAUGUUUUGUUUCUUUCUUAAAUAUCCAAUAAAACAGGUCGAAAAAAAAGGAUUAUUGAA